CCUAAACUCCCAGCACUAUAAUACUACCUCAAAAUCUCGUCAUAAACAUUCUUUUGAUCCUCCUCUGAUUUUCUCCCUUCCCUCUCAAUCUACGUUCUAGAGAGCAUCUAGAUGGUCAGUGGACUAAGAUUCUUGGAUGAAUCUGAGGAGCAGCCCUCUUCUGUUUAUGGAAGGACAAGAUCAAGAAACCCCACCAUUACCAUUACCAGUACCAUCUCCGCCCACCAAUCCAUCCUUCCUCUUUGCACAACCCCACCUCCCAUCUCCUAAUUCAUCAUUGAUUUUUCCAAAUAUUUCUCAUUCUCAACCCCUAGUGCUUCAAGAUAAUCUUCAUGACUUGGUAGGCCUCUUUUCUGCUCCACCUCCCACCCCUUCUGGCAUUCCAAAUAUUGCCCAUGAUAACACUAAUGAUCAAAUAAUGAUGCCAUCGCUGGAAACUGCCCCUUUGACCAUCUCUGAUAAUGCUGUUGCGCCAUCGCCUGAGGAGGUGGCCAUCAAGGAUAAGAUCAGAAGGGCGGCUAGCAGCAGUAGUAAAAACAGAAAGAAUGCGGUGCCUAAAGUGGUGUUCCAGACAAGGAGCCCGGAUGACAUACUCGAUGAUGGGUAUCGCUGGAGAAAAUAUGGACAGAAAUCUGUGAAGAACAGCAAGUACCCCAGGAGCUAUUAUCGGUGCUCGCAUCACACAUGCAACGUCAAGAAACAAGUCCAGAGGCUGUCAAAAGACACAAGCAUCGUUGUGACAACCUACGAAGGAAUUCACAACCAUCCCUGUGAGAAGCUCAUGGAAACUCUUUCUCCUCUCCUCGAGCAAAUACAAUUCCUCACCAGGCCGGUUUUAAUGUAACCAUACGAGAAAGCUCAAGCCAAGUGCUCAAGUGGAUGCAUCCGCCUGUUUGUAUGUUACCUCUUGCUACUGCAAUACGUAUGUAUAAUUUGGGUGUCAACUUUUUUUUUUUUUUUUUACUAAUUUACAUCAAUUUUAUUCAAGAAUAUGUGACAAUUAUGUGC